AUGCCGCGGGCCUUCCUAUUGGCCCUGUUGGUGGGACCAGUGUUUAGUUCUAUUAUCGAUCAUCAAAAUUACUACUACUCGCGUCAGCCGGCCCUCUUUCGUUUGCUGAUCAAACACCGCCUGUGGCCCAAGAAUGAAACGAUCGAGUACGAGAAACCGGAAAUGGACCGUGACGCCCCAUCGCCGUUUAUUUUCGGUGGAGACUCUGCUUCCAUUGAUACCUAUCCGUACCAGCUGUCGCUGCGCCACGAGGGAACGCACAUAUGUGGUGCAUCGGUCAUUUCCUCACGCUGGGCAUUGAGUGCAGCCCACUGCUUAGAUGAUGCCACCUAUCCGGCUGGAAUAACGUUCCGAGGCGGGACUCCGCAUCGCCUGGCUGGUGGCUAUAUUUUCAACGCGGACGAAUACUAUCUGCAUCCGAAGUUCGAUCGGCAAACGUUGGAUUACGAUGUGGCGGUAAUACACGUGACCGCAUCCUUUUUCAUUGACCGCAUCCAGGCGAUAGCAUUGGCGGACACCUACACGGUGUAUCCUAUCCCGUCGACCGCCACCGUAAUUGGCUGGGGCACUGCGGAAGGUGGUUAUACGCCCCUCAUACUGCAAUCGCUGCAAGUGUACCUUCAACAGCGCUCGUUGUGUGCGGCGUCGUGGAUAGACCAGAUAACGGAACGGUAA